GGCCGCCCGGCGGCAGCAGAUGGGAGCGGGGCUGUUGAUAUCAACAUGGCCGGGGCCGGACAGACAAAGACGGUGGGUCCGAGGUGAUCGGGCUCGGGGCAGGCUUUCAGGGGGAGCCCGGGAGUCGGGGGCCUCCCCUCCCCUCGGCCCGGCCCCUCGGCUGCGCGGGGAGGGGGCCGCCUCGGAGGCGGAGGGACCAGCGAGGCCGGGCUGCCCAGAAUGGUAAAGCAAGCUGACGCUGUGCAAGAAUCUUUCUGACUUUCCCCUCCCCAUGUAAAGUAUGCUCAGCUCCUUUCCAGUGCUUCUGCUGGAAACCAUGUCUCACUACACAGAUGAGCCCCGCUUCACCAUCGAGCAGAUAGAUCUGCUCCAGCGCCUGCGCCGCACUGGCAUGACCAAGCCCGAGGUCCUGCACGCCUUGGAGACCCUGGACCGCCUGGACCAGGAGCACAGCGACAAGUUCGGGCGGCGGGCCGGCUACGCGGGCGGCCCCUACGCCAGCAGCGCCGGCGGCGUGCCCGCCUCGUCCUCCACCGCCACCGCCGCCACGCAGACCCGGCCCUCCGGCAUGUCCCCGUCGCCCAGCAACAGCUACGACACCUCCCCGCAGCCGUGCACCACCAACCAGAACGGGCGGGAGGGUGCCGAGCGCCUGGCGGCCUCCAACGGGAAGUUGUCACCCCCCCGCUACCACGGCAACAGCCUGGGCCAGCGGUCCUACAGCUUCGAGGCGUCCGAGGAGGACCUGGACGUCGACGACAAGGUGGAGGAGCUGAUGAGGAGGGACAGCAGUGUGAUCAAGGAGGAAAUCAAAGCCUUUCUGGCCAAUCGGAGGAUUUCCCAGGCGGUGGUGGCCCAGGUGACAGGGAUCAGCCAGAGCCGAAUCUCGCACUGGCUGCUGCAGCAGGGCUCAGACCUGAGCGAGCAGAAGAAGAGAGCGUUCUACCGCUGGUACCAGCUGGAGAAGACCAACCCCGGGGCGACUUUGAGCAUGAGGCCGGCCCCCAUUCCAGUGGAGGACCCAGAAUGGAGGCAGACCCCCCCGCCCGUCACGGCCACCUCCGGGACUUUCAGGCUCCGGCGGGGCAGCCGCUUCACCUGGAGAAAGGAGUGCCUGGCGGUCAUGGAGAGUUACUUCAACGAGAAUCAGUAUCCUGACGAGGCCAAGAGGGAGGAGAUCGCCAACGCCUGCAACGCCGUCAUCCAGAAGCCAGGCAAGAAGCUGUCGGACCUGGAGCGGGUCACUUCUCUCAAGGUCUACAACUGGUUUGCCAACAGGAGGAAGGAGAUCAAGAGGCGAGCCAAUAUCGAAGCAGCAAUCCUGGAGAGCCAUGGCAUCGACGUCCAGAGUCCGGGCGGCCACUCCAACAGCGACGACGUGGACGGCAACGACUACUCGGAGCAGGACACUUGGCAAGUGCGCAAUGGGGAGGAGGAGGAGGGAAGAAGUUCAGAGGGAGGCAGAGAAGCAGAGAAGGAUGACAGCACUAGCCAUAGCGACCACCAAGACCCCAUCUCGCUAGCCGUGGAAAUGGCGGCCGUCAACCACACCAUCCUGGCCCUGGCCCGGCAGGGAGCCGGCGAGAUCAAGACAGAAGCCCUAGACGACGACUGAUGCGGAGGGUGGGGGCGGGGGCGGGCCCGGCGCCGAGGAGUAACUUAGUUUUAGCCGUAGCACCUUAGCAGAGCCCCGAUGGUCCCGAGUAUGUGUUCUUACCGUCCUUACCUUUGCAGCGUCUCGUCCGCCCGUUAGCCGUUAGGGUCUUGUCCGUGACGAUGGCAUGGUGCCACCUCAAGACUUUGCGCCCACUCGCUCAGUAUUAAACUCCCCGUCGGCGAUAGCCGACCGAGCCCCCCCGCCGUCCCCCAGCCUCCCCGGGGCGCCCGGUCCCCGCCGCCCCGACUCAGCAUUCCGAGAAAGUGCUUCCAGGUGUCUCCGCCGGGGCCUCGAUGCUUCUCGGGGGGGAACCCGGGGUCCCCCGAGGCCCCGCCCCCAUCCCCGGCUCCGACCCGGGAAGGCGCACGCCAGGGCAGGUGGGCGCCGGGGAACCCCACAACCCUCCCGUCGGUUGUCAGAAGGGUCGAUUUUUUUUUUUUCUUUUUCCAGCCGCAAUAAGCCAUGCCCGCUAGCCGGCCGGGGCUCGGGCGCCCGGUGGGAAGUAGACCGCCCCCGGCCCGGGGCCGGCCGGGGCGCCGCGGGCUUCCGGGAACCCGGACCGCCUUCCUUCCCGCCUCGGGGACUGCGGGAGGAGCCCAGCUGGUGAUGCGCGAGGAUGGGUGAGCUGAAGGACGAACGUCCCCGGUUCUAACCUCUGAGCCUUCUGGCGUGGCUCCCGGAGCCUCCUGCCCAGAAGGCCGCCCUCUCGGGAAUUUAUCCCGCAGUCGCAUUGCCUCCUGGCCUCCCGGCCCGCCCUCCCCCGUCCUCACCCGCCCCCGCCGCCACACCGCCGCCGCCCCGCGAAACCAAAUCACCGCGAGAGCGAGGUCGUGAGCGGGCCCGCACGGAACGGGGGGAGCGGCCGGUCCCGGCGAUGGGGUCGGCGGCCUGCGGCGGGCGGGCCGAAGCCCGGGCGGCGAGGGGACGCGGCGGGAUGCGUGCAGGAGGCCUCCGUGACGCGGGCUCCGCCGGCCCGAGGGCGGGUCGUCGGAAGGGCGGCGGCGGGCCGGGGUGCGGGGAGAGGCCUUGGAGAGAUGGGAGGAAGCCGUUCUGCCGCCGGCCGUCUCGCCGACCGCCGGGCCGGACGCGGGGCGGGGCCGCGGAGGUCGCCUACUCGGGGCAGCAGGAGCCGAUGGGUUUUUUUUUCCGUGAUCACAUAUGUAGCACUUUUGUUACUUUUUAAAGAUAUUUAUAUUUGAUAAAUCCUUUCUUUUCUUCCUUUUGAGAACUCAAAAUACCAAACCGUGAACGUGCACUCUGGAGUCGCCGUGGCCCGCCCCGGUCUUCCCGGCCGCUAGAGACCCGGCGGGGGGCGCGGGGAGAGAGCCGGCCUCCCGGCACAGCGGUCGGGACGGCGGGGGCACUGGGGUGGGCUGGGAGCUUCCAUCCCCGCCCCCUCCCUCCGCGUCGGGCCGGGGAGAGAGACCGGGUGGCGGCGGCCGGCCUACCGGCCGCCCCACCGGGCGCGGAGGAGGCCGGUGCCCGCGGUUGGUUUCCCCCGCCCCCACCCCCCACCGUGUCGUCGCCGGCCGCUGAGCCUGGGAGAUGAGGGGGAGAGUUAGGGUUCGGGGGGGUCGGGGUGACCUCACCUGAUUUUCCGCUUCGCCGGGAAGGUCCGUGCCGCUCCCGGGCGCGACCCCCAGAGAGGAUGGGCAGAGGGGAGAGGAAGAGGGGGGAGGAGAGAAGUCUUCCCAGUUUUUCUUGUAGGUGGUCGCGGGGGGAGAGGGGGUCCGGCUGGGGAGUGAAGACGUUCGCUUCACCCUGCGGUCUUCUCUCUGGCCAGUGUCGGGGCGGGCGUCUGGGGGGGGUGUCGCUUUGGGUGGGUCUGGUUGGCGUAUGCGUGUAGGGGGUCAAUGUUGCGGCGUCCGGCCGGGGUUGGGGGGGAUGCCGGCGUGUUUGUCUCCUUAAGGGGGGUGGGGGGGAGAGAGAGUGUAUGUAUGGUCGUGUGUACGUAUGUGUCGCGAAGCAAUGUAGCGAAGGGCAGCCUCGUUUCCCCGGCAUCGUGCGGGCGGGCCGGGGCCGGGGCCGCUGGAAUUGCCGCCGCCUUUCACGUGCGGGCGCCGGCCCGGGGAGGAUCCGCUUCUCCCAGGAAAUGGGGCAGAGGGCCGAGGCCUCGGGCCUCCGUCCCGCCCGGGAGGCCACCGCCCCCGCCUUCCCCCCGACUGACCGUCCGUCCGUCCCGCCCGGGAUCCGGUAAGACCCCCCGGAGGGAGCCCACCACCCCGCUAGGCCCGCCAGCGGCCGCCGCGCCCCCGGGGCCUCCUUCCACCCCCUGACCCCGGACUCCCGCCGCCCCCCGCCCCCCACCCCCCCAGAUCCCUGCCCCUUUUGGGGCACUGGGUUUUGGGUCGGAGGUCGGGGGAGGGGCCCUGGAGUGACGGGGAAGGCCAGCGGGAAGGCAGGGCCGGGCCGGAGCGCGGGUUCGAGUUGUGCGUGCGUUUGUUUCUGCGGCCUUUCCGGGCCUGGCGGGACGUUUACUCAGGGUUCGGGGGGUGGCGGGGGUCCAGGGAGUUGGGGAGGGGGAUGGCGACGGAGAGCCAACCCCCAUGGCCCUCUGUCAAACUCCUCGCGUCCGGCCCGGGGAGGCCCUCGGCGGGGGCUGGGGUCACCGACCCCACCCAACCAAGUGUCUCCUCAUCGGCCCCGGCCCGAACCCCUGCUGGGGGGCGCGGGGGAGGGGCGCGCCCCGGCCGGCCAGACCACAGGCCCCACCAUCUAAACUCCCCCUCUCCCGCCCCCCUCCCCCUCCCCCCGAGGGCCCGUCGCCCUCCAGUAGAUGUAUUUAUUGAGCGCUUACCGUGUGCCAAGCACUGGACCGAGCGCCGGGAGAGAGCGCACAGGCGGGAAUCGGACGGGGUCCCGCCCCUUCCCCGCAGCCCCAGUCUUUCCUUUCGGCGGCCCCCCCUCCUCUCCCCGCCCCCCCGGCUGGUACGCGUAGUAGACCGUGAGCCCCACGUGGCACCGGGACUGUGCCCCAGCGCUUGGCACACAGUAAGCGUUUACCCAGGACCCCAGAUUACUGUUAUUCUCCCGGCCCCGUCUCUCCUCCCUUUCCAGAGCGCCCCUCCCGAGGCCUCUAGUGCCAACCGAGGGCCCAACCCCCGCCCGACCGGUGCGGGGCGAAGACCCCCGCCUCCCGCCCCCCCGUCCCCGUCCCCGGACCGGCUCUCAGACUCCUCGGGGCUUCCCAACACUAACCCUAAGGCCUCCCGGCCCCUCCCUGCGCCCCCCCCCGCCCCCCCGGCUUUCCUGCCUGCGCGUCAUCCGGUCGGUGGUAUUUCUCGAGCACUCGCUGUGUGCGGAGCACUGGGCUAAGCGCUCGGGAGAGAACAGUACGACAGAGUGAGCAGACAGGGCCCUGCCCCCAGCGAGGUGUCGGGUGGGCCCGGGGGUCGGUCCUCGGAGGCAGCGUCCACCCUCGGACUCCGGCCGCCCCCUCCCCAUCCCCCCGGCCCAGCCCGGCCCCCACGACUCACGGCCCGCAUGGGGGGUGCGACUGGGAGCCCUCUUCUCCCCCGGGGGACCAGGGCGGCUCUCGAGGGUCGUCGUUUAUUCCGAAAAAGUGCCUGACUGGGACAGACUCUGGCCCCGGCCCCUCCUCCUCCCUGUCUUCUCCAUCCCAUCCCCAGCCCUCCUUCCCUCUCCCACCCCCUUACCACCUCCCACCCCACCCACCCUCUCCUGCCGUGGCCCCUCGGGGGGCCGUGGCCGGGCCGUCCUCCGCCGGUCCCGGUUCGGAGUGGCCCGGGGUCCUGGGUCGGAGGCGGCCCGGACUGGGGGGUCCGGCCGCCGAGGGGGCAGAGGUCACCCUCGUCCGACCGGCCGUCGGAGCCGGGGUCCCGAGGCUCGGGAAGGGCCCGCCUGGGAGAGGGCCCGCGGUUUAGCGAGGGGCCUGUCCGGCCGGCCGGGACCCCCGGGAGGUGUGUUUGGGAAGUGGGGGGUCCUUUCCCAGGAGGAGCGGAGGGGGCGGGAGGCCCCCACGAGGCCGAGGUGGCGGGGAGGGGGCAGCAGGCUGCGACCCCUCCCCUCUUCCCCGACCGGCCGGUCGCCUGCCGUCAGGGGUUUAGUUCUACCUCACAAGGACCGCCCCGGGCUCCAGGAGCCCCAAUCAAUAAUCCUUUCCACCAACACUGGAAUGUAUCCGGCCCGUCCCCCCCCCCCCCAAAAAAAAGAGCCCUUCCGACCGGACACUCCCCGUAACCGCCACCAACUCCUAUUGCAAAUUGGAUGCUGCUUUAAAUGUGAAAACAAUUGUUCAGAAGCUAUAAAACCUGAAUGAAAGCUAAAGCUGAAUUUAUAAGCCUUGAUGUAUAUGAGCCGAAAGCGUGAAAAGCUCUCUAUAAUGAACUAACCUGCCACUCAUAUAAAUAUAAAUAUAUAUAAAUAUAUUAAAUCAAGACUGUUCUACAAAAUCGUGUAUUUGUAUUUUUGUGUACGUACAAUUUUCUGCUAAGCAGAAGGAGGAUGUAGUAUAGGAUGACGUGAGAAGAGAUUUGGUCGAAUCCUAUUUCUUUGUUCUGUUGCCAUCCCGUGUCAGUCUUUGUCUUCUACGUGUGCGACACUGUUUGUGAGCCGCAGUGUCUCUCCCCGAGGGCCGAGAGGGCAGAGUCCACCCUACACACGUGUGUGUGUGUGUGUGUCCCGCCUGGACCUCGCCCCCGCCGCCGUUGUCGGGGCCGGGGAGGGGCGGCCCUGAACCGGGGUCCCGGACCCCGGGGGCAGUCACCCGCAAACCCGGGCGGCCCCGACCCCCUCGGCCCCGGGGAGAGAGACCGCGCCCGCUCCCGACGGGACUCAUAUCGCUGACCAUGUGUAAUGACUGUAGCAGACGCCCUUGUUUCCAGACGUGCAAGGACGGAAACGAGCGCCCUAUCGUAAUGAUGAAAAUAGUUCUAAUGAGUCCGUAUCCUUCUAUCUCCUACUCUGGAUUAGUGCCUUUUGGACAGUAGACUGUUCUGUAAUUAAAAUGUAGUAUACGGCUUUUUUGUACAGUUUUGUUUGAAUAAAACUUUUUUUUAAUUUGUGUUUAUUUUAGUAUUGUACCUACUAGACAAUAAAACGUAUAACUGAACCGAGA